CUUCUGAGUGAAACGGAAGACGUUGUCUGUCGAGUAAUUCAAAUGUUCAUUUAUUGAUAAAUUCUGCAAUGAGAGAAAAGAUUAAAGGCCCAAGUAACUUUUGUGGGAAAUCAACAUCAGUCAGAAACAAUACACAUGUUACAAAGCAUAUUGUAAGGGGAUCUUUAAAUAACUGAAUUCAAUUUUUAAAAAGGAGGCAGCGAGAUGCAGAUUUUAGACCGAAUGCUAACCUAUAGCAGAUUUAUAGACUUUAUAACUAACUUAAAAAUAAUACACAGGAAAACAACUUUGGCUGACAGAAUCACUAAUAAUCACUUAAUAAUAAUAAUAAUAACAAUAAUAAUAAUAAUAAGCAUUUUUUCACUUCUUUUUUAAAUUUUCGCUUUCUCAUCUUUGUUAAUUGAGCAGAUAAAAUAAACAAUAGUGUUCUGUUGUUUUUUGUUUAACUGAAUUAGUGUUAGUUGACUACCAGCGAAACACAACCUUUCUCUGUGAUUUAAAGGCAAAGUAAAUAUAGCUUCCAUGACCAAAAACACGUUUAUCCUGUUUGUGAAUGAAGCUAAUAUUAAUUAUUAACCAAUCACGUUCCGUGUUAUGAAGGGGAAAAAAGAGGAUUUAAAUUAAUGUAUAGCUUCCGAUGGCGCUAGAAAUAAGAGCAUAUAUGGGAGAGAAGAAGAUAUUUACAGUGUGCAUGGAUACAUGUAACCAAUAGGCGAUACUGUGCCAUUCUUCAUGAAGCUUUCUCCAUCUCCAGCCCGGAGCACUAUACGCUGCAUCUCUGCUCUGCUCCCAUAAUUGACCUAAAUACUGGAUCUCACGAUCCCUCCAGGCAGACUAUCACACGAGGAGUCUGCGAAGGACCAGACAGACAGGCUCGUGCUUCUUCUUCUUCUUCUUUUUUCUGGAGUAUUCCUCGUCUCUCUUCUAGACGACAUUUCGGUCUGGAGCUCAUGCAGCGGAGCUCUCGCUGCUCCGCGCACUGGCCCGGGAUGUGUCGCGCGCGCAGCAGAGCGCACUCUGGAAACGAGACGCAUUCAGGGUGAUGCUUUCGGGUUUGUUGUUUUUUUCAAAAAGGUGCAAGCUACUCUGGAAAUGACCAAAGAAGUAAACAUGCGUGAUGAUAAAGCGUCGAGGGGUUCUUCUUACUCCAUUGAGAAUCUGCUGCGGAACGGAGGGGCUUCUUCAUACGAGGAGCGCGUCGACCCCCCGAGCUCCAAAGUUACCGUCCACGGCCCGGUGGUCUGUCCGGGACCGGAGACAACCCGUCUGAAUGGAGGUGAAGUGCUGCGCUGGAGCGGGACGUCGCCGAACACAGUGUGCGGCACGUCGAGAAGUGAGUGCACCUGCCCGUCCGUCCCUGUUAAUACACAGCACCGGAAUGCACACGUGGGGGGGGAGUACUGCUCUCAAUUUGUCCGUUAAUUAUGAGUAAUAAUCUGCUUUUACAGGGUGGAGUCGGGAUUAAAAAGUGUGGUUUCAACCAUUAUCUUCACUGUGCCGCUGAAUGCGCGUUUGGUGCAAAGCGGGAAAGACGUCUGAUCAUGUUUUGCUAUAUUAGACAUGAGCGAAAUAAAUAAAGCCUAUUCAAUGUACACCUUCCUCUCAGGUCCACCGUACUACCGGGAUUCUACAACUCCAACAGGACGGGCUGGGACCGAUGAGGACCACGGGGACGAUAGUUUGACGGAUGACAGAGAGGAGGAGGACGCGCGCUCCUCCUACAGCUGCGAUGCAGCCGACUUCAAAGGGGCGCGAAAGAAGAAGACCCGCACCGUGUUCAGCCGCAGCCAGGUGUUCCAGCUGGAGUCCACCUUCGACCUGAGGCGCUACCUGAGCGGCUCGGAGCGGGCCGGGCUGGCCGCCUCGCUGCAGCUCACCGAGACCCAGGUGAAGAUCUGGUUUCAAAACCGCAGGAACAAGUGGAAGAGGCAGGUCGCUGCGGAGAGGGUCGUCAGAGUUCCCGCGUUGUAUCGCGAGAACAUCACCGCGAGAACGCCACCGGCGGUAGUCUUCUCCAACGCCAUCAAAUAUCCAGUGACUUCCCACUUCACCCACCCGGUGUUGUUCAUGACGUCACAGAUGACCGGACUGGUGUGACUUGAAGGAGGCUCAGGAUACUUUUUACUCUUUUGACACAAAUUAAUCAAAUAAAGACACUGACAUUUGUUUCUUCAUAUUUCAGUUUCAGGUCCUGCAGUCACAUGAUAAUAAAGUACAUUCAGUUCAA